GAAAAGGCAAGAAAACUACAAUGGAGAACUUGUUUUCUUCAUCUUCAUCAGAAGCUCUGAUAGAAACCCUAAUUCAAAGAGGCUGGAGCUUCAUAGAUCUCGAACAUGUCAGGGCUCUAAUCAUUAUUCAGUCAGCUUUACAAGAAGAUCCAUGCACCGUCGAUUUGAUUGAAUCGCACCUCGUAAACAUGGACUUUCGAUCCAUCGGUGGAAAAUCGCUUCCAGAACCUCCGGUUCUUCGAAAAUCUUCUCAUAUUCAAGGUCCCAAAGUCCUUCAGGUCUCUUCAUUGAAAGAUAUUUCGCGGAACAGUGUGACUGAUAGUGCAGGAAAUGUACAUGAUCAUCGUUUGUUGCGAUUAAGUUUAACUGACGGGCAUUCUCAGAUGACUGCUAUAGAAUACUCUCACAUACCUUCACUUGAUGAUGUUGUACCUGGUACCAAGGUUCGUUUGGAAAAUAAAGCUCCAGUUAACAAUGGAAUUGUGUGUUUGAGUCCGAAAUUGAUAACUGUAUUAGGAGGUGUUGUUCAGUCACUUUACGAGGAAUGGCAGAUGAAUAAAAAGUACUCUGAGAUUUCACGCUCUUUUUUGAGGGCGUCAAAGAUUGGUGAAACUGAUGGUCCUCCACCAUUUGAGAAGCUGCAAACUAGGCCACCCCAGCAGCAUAGUAGACAAGACAAAUAUCCUUUAUCAACUUCAAGACCCUAUCAGAAAACAUCUGCCCCAGAAAAAUGGGCAAAACCCGAUUCUAGGCAUAUACCUCCUGCAAUUCAUAGCACCGAGCAUAUUGAUGAUGGAAAAUCAGCUUUCAAUGCUGGCAGACUUGAAGAAAAGCCAAGCAGCUCAGACACUAGACAAAAAGAAGUGGUUGAAUCUAUUCCUGUUCAAAACCAAGCUGCUGCACAAAAGCUACUACAGAAAAUGAAUCAGUCGAGCCAUGAGAAUCGCAAUUAUAGAGGCCGGAGACGUGGAGGGAGAGAAAGACACGAUGACUUGCCAGUUUUUACUUUAGAUGAAUGGGAACGAAAAAAAGAUGUAGGGCAAACUUCAAGAAGAGAAGACUUUCCUAGUGCCAGUAUAGAUGAAGAUUUUGCAAGGCAGCUUCAAAUGCAAUAUGAUUUGGAAGAUAGUCAUGUUAGUAUUCCUGAACAACGGGGUCCUCCUAUCGUCAACUCUCAGGCAGACAAUAUAAAAUUGAUGAUGUUUAACUAUGACAGAAACGAUAGAGCCUAUGAAGGAGAAGGGUUUAGAGGUCGAGGAAGGGGCCGAGGAAGAGGAGGAAGGGGAAGAGGAGGAAGGGGGCGAGGAAGAUGAAGAUUGAAUUUUGCUAGGACCUUUCGAUGCUUACGAGAUUGAAUUAUUUUCUCAACAGUUGGACAACAUAGUUUGGCGGUUUCGCCCAACAUACAUAUACCUCGAUUUCUUUACUUUGGAACUUGUAAUGUUGGCUUGUAUUUGUUCAUUUUUGUACUAUUGAGUAACUAUUGUUUUAGUGAAAAAACAUUGGUUAAUUAAGGA